AUGGUCAUUUUCAACCUGAGCAGUUACAACCCAGGACCCUUCAUUCUGGUGGGGAUCCCAGGCCUGGAGCAAGCCCAUGUGUGGAUUGGGAUUCCCUUCUGUAUCAUCUAGAUUGUGGCCGUUGUGGGAAACUGCAUCCUUCUCUACCUAAUCUUGGUGGAGUGUAGCCUUCACGAACCUAUGUUCUUCUUUCUCUCCAUGCUGGCCAUGACUGACCUCACCUUGUCCACAGUCGGUGUUCCUAAAACACUCAGUAUAUGUUGGCUUGAGGCUCAAGAGACCACAUUCUCAGGGUGCCUUACACAAAUAUUCUUGCUCCACUACAACAAGAUAGUGAUUGUCCUGGAUUCAGCCAUCCUGAUAGCCAUGGAGUUUGACCGCUACGUGGCCAUCUGUUCUCCCUUGAGAUGCACCACUAUCUUGACCCCCAAGAUCAUCACCAAGAUUGUUGUGGGCAUCUCCUUUCAUAGCUUCUGCAUCAUUCUGCCAUUUGUGUUCUUACUCACACACCUGCCUUUCUGCAGGACACGCAUCAUACCCCACACAUACUGUGAGCACAUAGGUGUUGCCCGGCUCGCCUGUGCUGACAUUUCCAUCAACAUCUGGUAUGGCUUUUGUGUUCCCAUCAUGACGGUCAUCUCAGAUGUGAUCCUCAUUACCAUUUCUUUCUUACUCAUCCUCCGUGCAGUCUUCCACCUCCCCUCCCAAGAAGCCCACCAGAAGGCCCUUGACACCUGUAGUUCCCAUGUCUGUAUCAUCCUUAUGUUUUAUACACCUGCCUUUUUCUCCAUCCUUGAGCACUGCUUUGGACACAAUGUCUCCUGCACUUUCCACAUCAUGUUUGCCAGUCUCUACAUUGUUAUCCCACCUGCACUCAAUGCCAUUGUUUAUGGAGUGAAUACCAAGCAGAUCAGAGAGAAGGUCAUACUUUUGUUUUCUACCAAGGGUACAGAAUAA